AUUAGACAUGGAUGUUCAGGAGGACGAGGUACUUUUUGGGGAGCUAAAAGGAGCGCUAUAUUCUAAAGCCAUAAGCAUACUACUAAGGCACGGGGUUACAUCAGAGGAUUUUAAGAGAAAGACUGGAGCUUAUCUUUGCACUGAAAAAUGGACAUUGGAGGGAAGCUUGGUUACGAUAAUGAAUGGGAUGAAAUUUAUUGAAGAGUUGGAAGGCGAAGAGUAUGAAGCACCAAACUUCUCUACACAAAAUAGGAAUCGGUCUGCAAAUAGUCCGGAUUCCAAAACAGACACAGGCGUAGUAAACAAGUAUUCAAUAACUUGUAGCAUACAUGAAGAAAAGGCACUGAGAGAACUGUUUCUAGAUACAGAAUUGCCAUUUUCCAGUGUUAAUAUUUUUGAAGUUAAAGCAGGUGAAAAAGGGAUAAGUGGAACACAGAAAAAUGUUAUUCCCUUUGAAAAAGCCCUUUCAGAGCUACACUGCCAAGACAUUUCAGAAAUUCCCUUGAUGGAAUUUCAAGACUUUGUUAAAAAGAAAUUAGAGAAUGUUUCAGUUUCAUUCGAUAAAGAAAGACAAACUAUGAUAAUCAUUUCAAGAUCUCCUGAAUUGCUAAAACGUUCCAUUGAGGAGUUUCGGAGAUUGCAAGAUGAUAUUCUGGCUUUAACGGAGGAAGAAUUUAAUUUUAUCAUCUUUUUUGAGAAAUCAUUGUCCCGAGAUUUCCCAAAAAUUGAUGGUAAAAUAAUGGUUAAGGGUCCAAAAUCUUUUGUAAAUAAAUACAGACAAGCAUUAGAUAAAUUGAAGAAGUAUCCUUUUCAGCGUAUAUCUAUUACGGACCGUGUCAGUGGUGAUGCGGAAACGUUUUUAUCUCAGUUUUCAAGAGAAAAUAAAAAUGUGUACAUUCAAAUAAAAGACAAGAAGAUAUUCAUUACUGGAAAGAAAACACACGAAGUUUUUUUGGCAAAGCAAAGAAUAGACGAACAGCUAGAAAUCAUGAGAAAACGGAACAAAGGACUAACAAGCAAUGAUGUCUCUGAACAAUGCUUAGCCGCGGUGAGAAUCGAAAUGAACGUGAAAUCUGGCGUCCCAGAUGUAAAUCUUGUAUCACCUAAGGAGACAGACAUUGUCUUUCAAAAAAGUAACGUUAGAGUUUAUGUUCUCAAUGCCAAUAUUCUCCAAGUUAAAGCAGAUGCAAUCGUGAAUCCGAUGUCGACUGAUUUAUCUCAUAGCAUACUCAGAGAAGCAGGUUCAUCAGUCAAAAGGCAGUGUUCUGAAGUUUUGGAUUCGAAGAGAAAUAAUAUACUUCAGAUUGGAGAAGCCUUUGUCACAGAUGGGGGCAAUUUGUCUCAUCUGUUGAAAAUCAUCCACGUGAAUGUACCAAAUUGGAAUAAUUACGCUGAGCUGGAAGUAGGUAGUCCAUGUGAAAAGUGUAUAGAAGAUAUUGCUGAAACAGUGAAAGUUUCCUUAGAGAAGGGAAAUGACAAUAAUGUUUGUGCCAUUGCAAUACCACAUAUAAGUAAAUGUGGAGUUGGUUCGGUACCACUUCCUGUUUGUGGUAGAGCGUAUGUAUCAGCUGUGACGUCAUACAUUGAUGCUUACCCAAAAAGUUCCACAAAUAAAAUCAGAGAAAUCUACUUUGUUGACACAGAUCAGACGAAAUUAGACUCCAUUAAAUUUGCAUUUAGUGGUUUCCAGCAUUGGGUUUUCCUUCAAGCAGACAACGAAGAGCAUUUUUACCAUGGUGGAGGAACAGUACUAAAAAUAUUUGCCAGUGAAAUUCUAUUUGCAGAUGCUGAGGCAUUAGUAGCCCCACAGGAAGGUGAAAUGAAAAGUGAACGUUACAUUGCCAAAAGUCUUAAACGUUGCGAAUGUAAAGCAUAUGCUGGGGAAAUUGCAAAAUUUCAUGGAUGUACAUGGCCGGUUGGAGACAUCCGAACUACAUCUGCACCAAAAUCUUUGAAAUUUUUCCAUAUUUUGCAUGUUUAUUCCCCGAGUUGGAGAUCCGACGUCUCAUUAGACGUAAAGAUCAAAGACUUGAGAACCUGCAUUCAAAAUGUAUUCAAAGAGGCAUCAAAACUUAAGCUUGGCACAAUUGCAAUACCAACUUUUGGUGGAGGAAUAAAAUACAACAUCGACAAGCAGAGAGUAUUUAAAGAAACUGCUAGAGCAAUUGUUGAAUGUCUUGGAGGAACUCCCGACAGCACUGUUCGUGUCAUUUCCAUUAUAGACAGUGAUACAUUGAACAUUACUUUAAUGAUUUCUGAAUUUUACAAGAUACUGAGUCAAGACGGAAGGUAUCAUAACACGGACGUCAUUGACGUUCAAAGACCUAAUUUACAAAUGAAAGAAACUGAACUUAAUCUGAAGGGCAUCCUAGUUUAAUAAUAGAGUAGGUUUGAAAUGUAAUAUCCGUAUGUAUCAGUCAAAGAAAAGUAAAGUUACUUCUUUUCUAUUUAUACGU